AUGGCAGACACGUCGGCCGACCACAUGGCUCGCCUGACACUCAGACUCUUGCAAAAGAAGCUGGAACACGAGCGUGAGAACAUGGAAGCGGACUCUGAAGUCCCUCACCUUGUAGCAGGAGGCCAGCAGGAUCUGCGUGUGUUGUAGGAACAGUACCUCCUGGAAGAUCUCUCCCGGGCCCACACCUGGAGGGGGGCGAACAGAGGGGCCUGGGGGUCAGCACUGCCCCCAGAGGUGCCCCCUGUGUGUGGCCACCCCGCUGCCUCCCCACCCCACCCAGGCCCGGAGCCACCCCGGAUCAUCCAGUACUCGGUACCCCAGCCACCUGCCACCAUCAUUCAGCAGCUACCUCAUCAGCCCCUCAUUGCACAGAUUCCUCCUCCCCAGGCCUUCCCCACUCAAAGGUCUGGGAGUAUUAAGGAAGAAAUGGUGGAGAUGAUGCUAAUGCAGAACGCCCAGAUGCACCAGAUCAUCAUGCAGAACAUGAUGCUCAAGGCCCUGCCGCCCACCGCACUCGCUGCCUCAGGGCCACGGGCCGCUGCCCUGCACCCCACCCCACAGGACCCCCAGUGGGCUCACCCCAUCCUCCUGCGAGCGGAGAAGCAGAGGCUGGCCUCCGUGCACCACCACCACCACUACGCACCCCCAGCCCCACUGCAGCCCAUCUCUGUGCCCGGGACCUCUGUGGGCUACGCUGUGUGGCCCUCAAUGGUUGCAGCCACCGCACUCCCACAGGCUGCCAGCUUCCAGCCUGCGGUGCACCAAGUGGCUGGCCCCAUGGCCACUGCCACCCUGCCCACCGUUAAUGCGUAA